AAUAUUUUGUAUUAUACUCUGCUGAUUGUUGUGGCGUAUGUCAUAUCUAUUGAUACGCUACCUGCAAAACAACCCUCAAAGCAACCACCUGUAUCGUGCGAGGCAAACAGACAAACAUUAUACAACUUUAAUCGGUUACCAUCCUACAUUGAUAACUUAACAUGCCACCAGAAUCCACAACAUGAUUGCUACUCGGCCUUUGGGUCGGUAAUGGUGGUCGACAAAACCAGCAGAAAUAUGGGAACAUUAAGUGUGGUUGUUGCUUGCUUAAGACGAGUAACAUGUCAAAAAAAGAAUAUUAAAAUACAACAGUAUGUUGAUGCAUCGUCAAACGUUGUGUACAAAAUAUCUUGCAACAAGCCAGAAGAAGAAAUUUCCAUCAUGCUACCUACGAAGAUCAUGAAUGGACAGUUGGUUUAUAAAAAAGUGGUCUACGAUUGUAGAUGUUCAUGCUCUGGAACAUGA